GCCGGGAGGCCCGCGGGCAGUGCGUGCUCUAUCACCUCCCUCGGUGAUCCUCCGUGUGCUGGUGUAGCUCGGCCCAAAGUCGCGGAUGCUCGAUGGUGUUGGCUCCAAGAGCCGUUACGUGAUACCAGUUUGGGCUGUGGUCGGGAGGCUGCGCGCGACACUUUCACCACCUCUAGAGAUCACUAGUGGCGAAGGAGGCGGAGGAGGCCAGCAGCCUCACCCGGGGAGGAAAAAAAAAGGAUGAGAGAAAAGAGCGAUGCGACGAGACUCCUGACGCUCCUCGGCACCACGGCACUAGUGACUACGGAGCUUCCCUGUAAUUAAAAAAUCGGGGUACGAGAGAAAGGUAACAAGAAAAAAACAGAGAGAGAGAGAGGAGGGGCUGACCAGUCGGCCAGAAAAUAAGCAAAGGAGGAGGAGGAGGGUAAGGAAAGGGGCUGCGCGCGGCACCUGAAAUAAGGUCGCGCGCGGGGGGAUGCAGCGCGACAGGACGGCGGCAUGGAGGAGCCCCCCGCGGAGGCUCUCAUGCAGGCGGGCUUCAUCUUGGUGCUCGGCGUCGCCAUCAUUCUCUCGAACCUCCUCAUCAUCGCCACCUACCUCAAUUUCCGCGGUCCCAGUGAGGUGAUGAACUACUACUUGCUGUCGCUAGCGUUAGCCGAUCUUCUGUGCGGCCUGCUGGUAGUGCCAUUCUCGGUUUACCCGGCCCUGGUCCGAAGAUGGGUCUACGGGGACGUGGUGUGCCGGCUCGUCGGUUACCUCGAGGUCACGCUCUGGGCCAUUUCCGUGUACACGUUCAUGUGGAUCUCGGUCGAUCGGUACUUGGCCAUCAGAAAGCCACUGCGCUACGAGACAGUGCAAACGAAGACGCGCUGCCAGUGCUGGAUGGCCUUCACGUGGAUAAGCGUGGCGAUGAUGUGCUGCCCACCGCUGCUCGGCUUCAACAAGCCCCUCUUCGACCGCGAGGCCUUCAUCUGCAUGCUCGACUGGGGCAACAUGGCCGCGUACACGAUAACCCUGUCGAUACUCGUGCUCGGGCCCUCGGUCAUCACCAUCAUCUACACCUACACCUACAUAUUCUCGAUGAUGCGCAAACUGAGAUCCGGCGUGCCGAUACACGACAAGGAGUACGCGACCGCCCUGUCGGAGAACCUCAGCAACCCCAGCCACAUCAUGUCCUUUGUUCUGGUGAUGGCCUUCUGGAUAUCGUGGGCGCCGUACGCCGGGCUGAGGAUCUGGUCGUCGGUUAAUGGCCCUCCCCAGAUGCCGUUCCUGCACUUCGGCGUCGUGUGGUUCGGCAUCCUGAACAGUUUCUGGAAGGCGGUGAUCCUGGGCACCCUGAGCCCGCAGUUCCGGCUGGCGGCGCGCGUGCUCUGCCUGACGCUCUGCUGCCGGCACAGGAGGCUACCCCCCGAGCUCCUCGGUCUCGACGACGACGACUAGGAGCCGGCCCCGUACGCGCGACCACACCGCCCGCCGCCACUCCGUGCGACCGAUUACACGGAGCGACGGGACAUACAUACUACCAAAGUAUACAUUGAUCGACGCCAUCCCCGGACCUACCACGACUAUUGCUACCACAGCUGUUGUCUUCGUGCAAUACACUGUAUCCUCCUUCGCUCGCGUCCAUUGGCCCUGCGACUAUUCUACCGCUUCACACCCACCGUUGCAACUAUGGUGUGCUGAUCCACUCGUCGAGCAAAACAAUCUGUCCACCCAGACUCUCUCGCGUUUGUAUAAUAGGUACUCAGUGUCAAAACCCGCUGGUACAAACAACGACGAGUCAUCCCAAGCAUCUUCGUUGCGUCUCUCUCGCUGGGCCCUACACUUUGCCAUAGCGCCUGGUGUUUGGAUCGCGGAUAUUCAACUCGAGCACGUUUCGAAGCUCACUCGCUCGACGAAUCGAAACUCCGAUCUUGUAUAUACCCUAUACCUACAAACUCGCAACACCGCCUGAACUUUUCCUUCGUUUAUGCCUACAAGUACACAUAUCUCGCAUUGCUCCAAUAUUGUGAUGUAUAUUGCAAAGGGUGAGGCAACUACUUUGCCACUAAAGCCAUUACGUAGCUUCCCAUCCGUGUCUCUGCGAGUGUCUCCGUGUAAGUUUUGUGUGCGGGUGUAUGAUCUCGCGUGUAUAUAAUGUGCAUACGAAGGGCGGGUGUACCUAACGACGUAACGGACACGUACAAAGCGAAGGACGAGGGUGGGCUGGAGAUGGAAAACGGCACUUAGGGAGAGAAAAGGAAGGAAAUGGUAUUGCGAAACUACGUUACGACAGAUAUCCUCCGUAUUGCUCCAAAGGAGUUUGCCGCCGCUUGAAUCGGGCUUUCGUGUAUCAUAUAAUGUGUUCGAGCAAUCAAACUUUGCGCGCGCCUCGGUCGCUUAAAAAAGCGUGUGCUUCGUUUUGCUUUUCCAGAGUCGGUUCGAAAUCGAGAUUAUCAAAAGCCAUCCAAACGAGAGUGUACACGAGGUAGUGGGAGAAGGACCCCUUGUUGUUUUUUCCCUUUUAUUUCACAAUUUCGCGCUGAUUGCUCCCUCGUACGACAAAUCAAUUUGAUUCCUAUAUGUAUAUAUAGGUGUAUACGUUGCACGUCGAGCGAACCGUGUUUUUUGUAAACGAAGCACGAAAGUUUUUUUUCUCGCACCUAUAGACGCAAACGCAAUUAAACGCAGCUGUAUUUUAAAUACAACAGCAAACGUGUAGCAAACUUUUAUUACGAAAAUACGCGACGUAAAGAAAAUUGGUUGGAAAAAAAAAAAAAA